AUGCCGCGCUAUUUUUGUCUAACCAUCCUGGGCUACCGCAAGCCAGGGAUGAGCGAAGAUAACUACCACAACCACAUGAUAAACGUGUCGGCCCCUAUGACAAAGGACCUUAUGGUCAAGUACGGCAUUCAGCGCUGGACACAGAUCCAUAACAGCACUGCCACGCGAAAGCUUGUGGAGCAGCUGAUUGACCCCCAAAUGGUCAACACCUCGGAUGUCGAUUGCUUUAGCCAGGUUGUCUUCCGGUCUGUCGACGACUACAAGCGCAUGAAGCAAGAUCCUUGGUAUAAGGAAAAAUUGGCCCGCGAUCAUGGCAACUUUGCCGACACUCGGAAGAGCUUCGUUUGUGCCUAA